GAGGAGUUUGACUGGAGCCUCAGGAGAUUUUUUUCACUUUGUCACCAGUGACGGUGAGGACAGCUGCUGUUGGAGAUGACUGGACUGUCACUUCAGGAACAGCAUCCCUCUAAUUUGGGAUUUUUUUCUCUGUCCGGAGAAAUUGAGAGUUACCGGGAAAGUUUGAUCUAAAAGGUCCACUCAGAGAGGAUCUGUUACGGCCUUGUUGGAUAAAAAGCUACAACCAAACCCAGCAGGAUGAAGACUCAUCUGCUCUGCUUGGAGUUAGUACUCUUGGCUGGACACCUCCUUGUGGCCAGUGGCCAGCUGGAGCCCAAAGAACAAGAGUCCCAGGACCUUCGUUCUGUCACCCAAAAACUUGGUCUCGUAGAAAGAGACGGUCAGGCUCCAGUGAGGCCCAACAUCAGCAUGCCCCGCCGCCGGCUGCCCCCCAUGUGCACGGGACCCACGGAGAUCCGAGACACUUUCAAGUACAUCAACACGGUGGUGUCCUGCCUGGUGUUUGUCGUGGGUAUUAUCGGUAACUCCACUCUGCUGAGAAUCAUCUAUAAGAAUAAAUGCAUGCGCAACGGGCCGAACAUCCUGAUUGGCAGCCUGGCGCUGGGAGACCUGCUGCACAUCAUCAUCGGCAUUCCCAUUAAUGUUUACAAGCUCCUGGCAGAGGACUGGCCUUUCGGAGUGACUUUAUGCAAGAUGGUGCCGUUUGUGCAGAAAGCCUCCGUGGGGAUCACGGUGCUCAGUCUGUGCGCCUUGAGUAUUGACAGGUAUCGUGCCGUGGCCUCAUGGAGCCGUAUCAAAGGGAUCGGAGUUCCAAAGUGGAUGGCAAUUGAGAUAGCGCUCAUCUGGAUAUUAUCCAUCGUCCUGGCAGUGCCUGAGGCAAUAGCCUUCGACAUGAUCACCAUGGACUAUAAAGGAGAACACUUGAGGAUUUGUCUGCUGCACCCCAUGCAGAAAACCGACUUCAUGAGGUUUUAUAAAUCAGCGAAGGACUGGUGGCUGUUCAGUGCAUAUUUCUGCCUGCCGUUGGUCUGCACUGCUAUUUUCUACACCCUGAUGACCUGCGAGAUGCUGAGGAAGAAGAACGGAGUCCAGAUCGCUCUCAGUGACCACCUCAAACAGCGAAGGGAGGUGGCUAAGACAGUGUUCUGCCUGGUUCUGGUCUUCGCUCUGUGCUGGCUGCCUCUCCACCUCAGCCGUAUCCUGAAGCUCACCAUCUACGAUGAGAAAGAUCCCAACCGCUGCGAACUGCUCAGUUUCUUUUUGGUGCUGGACUACAUUGGAAUCAACAUGGCGUCCGUGAACUCCUGCAUCAACCCGAUCGCCCUGUACAUGGUCAGCAAGCGCUUCAAGAACUGCUUCAGGUCCUGCCUGUGCUGCUGGUGCCUACCGGCUGAGAUGCUGAUGGACGAGAAGCAGUCGUGCAUGAAGCUGAAAGUCACAGACCGGGCCUCCGACCAGAGCAACUCCCGCAUGACCAACAAGUCGACUACAGCCUGAGGAGGGCCACGGACCAAAGACAGGACGAAACACGAGGAAAAAAAACAACAAAAUAGUGAAGUAUGGAUGAGUGAAUGAGGAUAAGUGCCCAUUCUUUCCUUAUCGCCAACACCGUAUGAAGUCACCUUAAACUCUUUUAAACGCACAUUAUGCAAUUUUUGCCUGAGACACAAGACGGACUUUGAUGACGUCGUGAAGUAGCGUGGGACCAUCUCAGCUGUUUUCCUCAUCAUAAACAACCAUUAUUGACAACGUGACUAAGGCAGAAACCAUGUUCACGGACGAGGUAAUGUAUCAAAGCUUUAUUCAAACGAUGCCAUUUUAGUCUAAGGAAAUAACCACAUGUAAUGUUAGCUAACGUAAUGUUAAUUUUGCUUACCAUUAUGUGGGGUAAUGGAGUCAUGGGGUGGCCCAUGAUCAAUACAACCAUACAAAAAAAACCUUUAUAAGCGUGUUGAAUGUUGUAACAUUACCGUGUGCAUUAGCUUGGUGGCUGUAGUAAUAAGCUGAAUCUAUACUGAAAUAUCACAAACAUCAAUGAAGCCUUUCCAGUGUUGCAGAAUGGCGGUAAAUCAGAAAAAAAUGAUGCUGUGUGGCAGAAAAAGAUGCUGUAUUACUGUUAGUGAGUGACAGUGUGUCCGUUGUUUCCCUUGAACAACAAGUUCUCCAACCUUAACGACAAAAGAGGUCGUGUGUCAACACCACCAAUUACGUAUUGCGGCUCGCGUUUUACAACUCGCAGUACAGCGGCACUUUUUAAAAAUAGCACACUCACGGUUGUAAAAAAGGCUGCAGUUUCUCUGGAUUUAUGUUAUAAAACCACUGACCUUAGGUUCAGGGCAAAAAACGUCCUGGUAAGGCGUUAUAAAAGACAGUUUAACCCUCUAUGGUACGGUGUUGCCCUCAUUUUUGGCCUGUCAAAUUUCUACAAAGCAUCUUUUUGAGUGAUGCAAUACUUUAAAAAAGAGGGAAGAGUAUAGGGAACCAAUAGCAAUGCUUUAAUUUGUCGCAUGACCUCCAGGAGGCCAUGUUGAAACCAAGGGUCGCGUGACAAAGCAAGUUAAAUAAAAGACGCAAGUUACGUUCAAAAACGUGAUUCACGUAACUUAUGUUAAAAUCUUUUCUUUUGUUUCACAUGGGACACAAACCGUGUCUCCUGUGUGAAAGUACACUGUUUGUUUAACCCAUCCACCACCCCAGCAUCCAAUCAAAUAUGGGAAUCCACCCUUUUAAACUCAGCAUUACACCGGACAGUGAAAUAUGUAAAUAUAGCUUGUUUUCACAGCCUGUACACGAGACCUCUACUGACGUUUUGAGGGGAGAAACAGGCUGCCUGGAAGGUUAAAUAACCAACUGACAUGCAUCGUUACCUUGAAUAAAAUUGCUGGUUUCCUUUCUGAACAUGGUUGGAAACUUUAGUUGGUUAAAGAAAGUACACCAAUCAAAUAAAUACAUAUAAGAGAGAUAAUUGUUUGAAGAUAUUUUACUGCAGAAAUGUUACAUAUUAUAGCUUUAACAGACUUCCCUUUCUCUUUGGAGAUUAUUGAUUUGAAGCACUUCAGACUAAAACUCUCAACACUUGCCUUGAUGGACUGCUGCAGUGGUGGAAUUAGUACUGUACUAAGGUAAGAGUUUUGAGGUACUUGUACUUUACUUGAGUAUUUCCACACAUGUAAAUUUAUACUUCUACUCCACUACAUUUUAGGGGCAAAUAUUUGACUUUUUUUCUCCACUAGAUUAGCUUUAGACAGCUUUAGUUACUUUUCAGGUCAAGAUUUAACAUCAAAAACAUGAUAAAUGUAAAGUAAUAAGACUUCUUUUUAAAAAAAAUUAAACCUCAUUACAGUUUAUUAAGUAGUUAAAAUGAGCCCCUGCCUUUACAAACUUAUCUUCACACUCCUAAAAAAAAAAUCAAUUUUCAGGUCAAGAUUUAACGUGAAAAAAGUGAUCAAUUUAACAUGAUUACGCAUGUCUAUAUAAUAAUAUAUUUAGUAUAUAUUACAUUACAUUCUGCAUAACGAGUACUUUUACUUUUGAUACUUUAAGUACAUUUUGAUGCAGAUACUUUCGUACUUUUACUUCAGUAAGUUUUGAAUGCAGGACUUUUACUUGUAGUGGAGUAAUUUCACAGUGUGGUAUUAGUACUUUUACUUAAGUAAGGCAUCUGAAUACUCUGGUUAUUAGAUUAUUUAUAUUGAUGCAUUUAUGUAAUAAGCGUUUUAUUUUUGUAAAGAUAGGGCUCAUUUAACUACUUAAUAUACUGUUAUGAGUUUACAUUUUUAAAAUUGUACAAUAACUUUUAAUUUAUCAUGUUUUUUGUAUUAAAUCUCGACCUGAAAAGUAACUAAAUCUGUCAGCUAAAUGUAGUGAAGUAAAAAGUACAAUAUUUGCCUCAAAAUGUAGUUGAGUAGAAGUAUAAAGUUACUGAACUAGGAUCUGAAUACUUUCAUCAUGGACUGCUGCACACUCUCCCUGUACAGGAAAAAUAAUUAUCAAAAGCUGUAUACUUGGAAGACAAGUUUUAAGGCAUGUCAAAGGGGAAAAUGUGCAUUCAAAACACCAAUAAUUGAGAAGGAAGCUGGGGGUGAAGUUCAGCAAGUGUUAUGUAAAGUUGGGGGUCAAGGGUCGAUCAGCAUUGACAGCUCAUCGGGCUCGCAGCCCGGAUGGUGAAUGUUACUAUGAAUGAACUUAGAAAUAAGUUCUGCAUUGUACAGACAUUGUGUAUUUUAGUGUGACGCUGUAUGACGUGUUGCUAACACACACAUACUGCAGCAGCUUAGAAGAGUUCAUUAACAGUAUGUAUACAGAAUGCUCUGGUUUGAGAUUUGUUUACGUUAUUUUGUUACAUAUUGCCUCUAUAAUAUAUAUGGAUGUAUUGAGUAUUUUGCAUACUUUAUUUGCUACGUUGUCAUUUUCCCACUAGUUAUUGAACUACUGAUGUUGUGUGAUUUCAGCUGUUGUAUUAUCCUGUUUAAUAUUGGGGCUGUUUAUAAGGCUUCAUGACUGUAUUUGCUCCAUUUUAACCAUACUCCUUACCUUAGCUGGUCUUUUUUAAAUAAAUAAAUAAAUAAAACAAAUAAG